CUCACUCCCUAAAGCGUUUAUCUCUGCAUGUUUCAGCCUGAUCCACUCACUCGAUAAUCAUCUACUCCUCCUGAUCGAUUUCUCUGCAAUCAGCUCGUCAUCCCUGGCUUGUGACUUCCACCUGAGCACGGUUUACAGUUAGCUGCUGCAGUACUCUUCAUCCGGACAAUAAACACUCCCUGCGGCCAUGGCAGACCCGAGAAUACGGCAGAUCAGGAUAAAGACUGGCAUCGUGAAGAGGCUGGCCAAAGAGAAGAUCUCGUACAAGACCGAGGCGAAGCAGCAGGAGGCGAAGGUGGAGCGCCUGAAAACUGAGGGAGAAGACGAGUAUGUCAUCAAGAAGCAGAUGGAGGUCUUGCAGGAGUCCAGAAUGAUGAUCCCAGACUGCCAACGCCGUCUGGCCAUCGCACACGCAGAUCUGCUCCAGUUAUUAGAAACAGAAGAGGAUUUAAACGAAUCAGAGGAGUUCAAAGAGGCUCGAAACAUAUUGGACUCAGUGAAGCUUGAAGGAUGAUUUCUGCUCUGUUUCUGUUCUCACUGUGAGAUUUCACUUGCUUUAAAUGUCCAUUCCUUUCGUCAGGCCCUGUUUGCAACCGUGGAGCCGAACUGAGUCUGUUCUCUUUUCUUGAUGUGAUUAUUUCUACUGUUUACUGUUAACGUGUCACCACAUCUGAUCGAUCCUCUCGCAUGUGUAAAAUCCAAGAAGAAGACUUGAAAACAUUCGGUUUAGAUCAGUUAUUUCUCCAGGCUUUACUCUUCUUACUAAAACAUAGUCUUCAUGACUUCAUAGACACGAUUAAACAAACACAAACGUA